GCACUCACAUCCGACCGUUCGCCCCGAGGCUUGCCCACGCCCCUGGACGGUGGGACCCACUUGCAAGCCUGAGCAGAGGAACUCGCGAUCCGGCGGCCGGCGGCCGGCGUGUAAAACCCUAAACCCUCGCUUCCCCCGGCCCAUGCCCCGCGCCCCGAAACCCUAGCCCCCACUCCGCCUCGUCAUGCCACCGCGGCCGUCCCUCCAGUCGCUGCUCCUCAUGGCGGCCUCCACCUCCGCGGGCGCCGGGGGCUCGGGCCUCCUCGCCGCCGCUUCGCCGCCGCCUUCGCCGCCCUGGGGGGGCCGCGCAUCCGCCUGCUCCACUCCUUCUCCUCCCGGACCCGCCUCCCCCGGCGGGCCGAGCUCGCCUGCUGCUUUGGGACCGCCCCCGCCGAGGCCGUGCCCGCCGCCCCCGCCGCCCCGCGCUCCAGGAAUGUUCUUUCGAUGGAGUACAUAAGGGCUUGUAAAGAACGGAUAGGGCAGGUGGUUGAGAAGAUGAAAAAGGAGGGAAUAGAUAUGAGCCGAAGGAGGAUUGGCGCUUUUCAACGCAAGAUUUGCCCAAAGUGUGAAGGGGGUCCAACUAAGGAUCGAAGCCUCAGCGUCUUCAUCCGGGAAAAUGGUACACAUGGAAACUGGACUUGUUUUAGAGCGAGUUGUGGAUGGAAAGGCUCUACCCAGCCUGAUGGAGUUUUGAAGGCGUACCAAGCAAAUAAAGACGCAGGAAAUGAAAAUGAAAGUGACGAGAAAGUCAAAGCAAACCAGCCAGUCAAGGUUGUCAGAAAACCUUGUGAAGAGGACCUGUGUCUCGAGCCUCUUUGUGAUGAGGUGGUUGAGAAGAUGAAAAAGGAAGGAAUAGAUAUGAGCCAAGUGAGGAUUGGCGCUUUUCAACGGAUGAUUUGCCCAAAGUGCAAAGGGGGUCCAAAUAAGGAACGAAGCCUCAGCGUCUUCAUCCGGGAAAAUGGUACAUGUGGAAACUGGACUUGUUUUAGAGCGAGUUGUGGAUGGAAAGGCUAUACCCAGCCUGAUGGAGUUUCGAAGGCAUACCAAGCAAAUAAGGAUGCAGGCAAUGAAAAUGGAAGUGACCAGGAAGUCAAAGCAAAUCAGCCAGUCAAGGUUGUCAGAAAACUUCGUGAAGAGGACCUGAGUCUCGAGCCUCUUUGUGAUGAGCUCGUGACAUACUUCUCGGAAAGAAUGAUAUCGGCAAAAACACUUCGAAGGAACAAUGUAUCACAACGUAAAAGGAAUGACAAGAUUGUAAUUGCUUUCACCUAUAGACGUGAUGAAGUCCUUGUUGGCUGCAAAUACAUGGAAGUCUCUAAGAGAUUUUCACAGGAGGUGAACACCGAGAAAAUUUUGUAUGGUCUGGACGAUAUAAAGCAAGCACGCGAUAUUAUCAUUGUUGAGGGUGAAGUUGAUAAACUUUCCAUGGAGGAGGCUGGCUAUCGUAAUUGUGUGAGUGUGCCACAUGGUGCACCAGCUAAAGUAUCAAAGAAACUCCCGGACAAAGAUCAUGAUAAGAAGUAUUUAUAUCUGUGGAACUGCAAAGAGUAUCUUGACCCGGCAUCUAGGAUAAUACUGGCAACGGAUGCUGAUCCUCCAGGGCAGGCUCUUACUGAGGAACUUGCUAGACGUCUUGGUAAAGAAAGGUGUUGGAGGGUCAAAUGGCCAAAGAAGAGUGAGACAGAAUUUUACAAAGAUGCUAACGAGGUACUUGUGUCCUUAGGACCACAAGCAUUGAAAGAGGUUAUACAAGGUGCAGAACUGUUUGGGAUUUAGACUCUUGAUAGUUAUUAUCUAAGAAUUCGUGGGGAUGAGCUUGGAAUUCCUACUGGCUGGAAAUGUAUGGAUGGGCUCUACAAGGUAUCUUAGUGAAAUGGUAUCUAGUGGCGUACAGCCUAAUUAUGUCACUGUUAUCACCUCUCUUGCCCUCUGCGCCUGUGAUGUAAAUCUUCAACAUGGGUGGGAGCUGAGCUUCACACCCACAUUGUUAAGCAUGGGUUUAAAGGGUA